UGUAAACAAAAACAUGGACGCGUUCGGUUAGCUUUUUUGCACCAUCGUCUGGAAAAUGUUUGAAAAAUCAAACUUUUUAGUCAGUUUUAUCUAAAGAAACCACCCGUUCGAAAUGGAAUAUCAAACGAACUACAUCUCCUUCGACCAAGUGUGCCGCAUUUGUAUGAAAACUAGUUCCGAUUUGCAGUCAAUCUUCGGUCAUCCCCAGGACAUACCCGACUUGAUCCGGCUGCUGUCGAAUGUUGAGGUUCUGGAAGAUGACGAACUGCCGAAGCUUAUUUGCGACGAGUGCCUCACGUUCGCUGGAAAUGCGAUGGAGUUUAAGGAGCGCUGUAUCCAAUCGGAUCGGACCUUACGGGAGUACAUCUCGGAUAAGGGUGAAGACCAGAAGCUGUACCUUAUGAAGGUUGAGCCUGGUUUGCCGGUUGUGGGAGAAAAUGCCGAUGGCUUACCAGUGGGGCCGGAGUUCAUCAAAUGCGAGAUUGAUGAGUCUAGCAGUGAUGAAAAGCCGGACGAUGACAGGGACGAUAAUGACUUUGAAAUCGCGGACGGCGUCGAUAGUGAUGAGGAUGAAGAUGAGGACGAUCGAGAGGAGGAGGAAGAAGUCAAAAUGGAUCGACGAAUUCGAAGGCGCCGGACUCGAAAUACGGUCGUUGAGGAUUCGGACGAUGAGCCGUUGAUUGUGAAGCGGAAAAAGGGCGAAGAACUGAAUUGUACAAAGUGCAACGAGAGGUUCAGAAACAAGGCUCAUGUGAAGUUUCAUAUGCAAAGUGAUCAUGCGGAUGAGAAAACUUCGAAGGAGGACAGAAUCCGUCAGUGCUUCUACUGUCCGAAAGCGUACUCGAACUAUGAAUAUCUGAAAAUUCACCUUAACUUCCAUCCCCGCAACGAAUGGACUUGUCCGAUGUGCAGCAAAGAGAUGAAGAACAAGGGCAAGUUCAUUGACCAUCUGAGAAUGCAUGCGAACGAACGCCAUUACCGGUGCGACAUCUGUGAGAAAGAUUUCACAUCGCACAAGUACAUUUCCAACCACAUGAAGAUGCACAAGCGGAAGGGCGAACGAAGCAGUAAAUACAACUAUGAGGAAUCCUCCAGUGAAAGUGAUUGCGAAUUGGUGGACGAUGAUAAGGAGGAGGAUGAAGAGGAGGAAAUGAAUCUCUCUGAUAAAGAGGAGGCAAUCAAGAACGACUAUCAGUUAAAUCCCGAUGCCCCCAAAGAUUGUCCGGUCUGCAACGAAACGUUUGAAAAAAUAAUAUAUGUAAAGUAUCACCUUCAAAGCGAGCAUCUACCAGUAGACGAAUCUGCUCCUAGAGUCCAUUUUUGCGUAACGUGCAAGAAAAGCUACAUGACAUUCAGCCAUCUCAUGAGUCAUAUGAAAUUGCACGAGGAAAAAGUGUGGAGCUGUCCGGAGUGUAAGAAACAAUUCCGUCGCCUUGAUAAGUAUAAGGAGCACCAGAAGACACACCAGAGCGAUCGAACCUUCCUGUGCGUGUACUGUGGGAAAGAUUUUCCCACGACCAAGUACAUGAACCGACAUUUGCAGACACACAUGAAGGAGAAGGUGCAAAAACCGGAAGAGCAGUUCGAGUGUGAAGUUUGCGGCAAGAAGAUGAAAUACAAGUCGAACUACACUAAUCAUAUGAAAACCCACGGACCGGAGCAUGCCAAGCCAAUCAAAGUCGAUCCGGAUUCACCGCCCAAGAAGAUAUACCUGUGCAGUAUAUGUGGGCGGAAUUGUGGUUCUUCCAGUAAUCUGACGGUGCAUAUGCGCCGUCAUAAUGGGCAAGCGAUUUGUGCCUGUUCGGUUUGCGGUAAAGGUUAUCCUCGAAAGGCUGAUCUGGUUAUGCAUAUGAGAAGACACACAGGUGAAAAACCGUACGAGUGUCCUACGUGUGGUCGAGGCUUCGCCAGGAGAGACAAAUUGAGGAUACACAUCCGUACGCAUACUGGAGAAAAGCCAUACGCCUGCCCAUGUGGACGUGCAUACGCUCAGAAAAACGAUCUCAAAACUCAUCAGAAGCGUAACACAUGCGGUCAAAACUUUGAUAUUACCAAACUGAUGGCUCCCUAUCAGACGUCGAUCUGUGUUCGAGGACCCCCUUCUCCACAACCACCUCCACCGCCAAGGGAACCUCCUCCUGUCCCAUGUGCUCCCAUGCUAAACCCUUCGUCAAUCCAAUCUUUCAACUCCACCACCACCACCACCAAUGCAACCCCAGUAUAUCCCACGGUCGCACAGCCGUUGCCAAGUGGGACCACUGUGGGAACGCCCGGUAUGCCCAGUAUUCCCCCGUCGCCAUCGCAUCACGAUAUGAGCCGGCUGUCCGACUCGGUUCCGAACAGCCCCGUAGAUCUGAUGACCAAUCGGCAUCCGUUUGUGCCAUUCCCUGGUGGAGGUGGUGACGUCGUGAACAUGAUGCCAAACUAUGCCAACCACUAUCAGCAGCCCAAGGUUGACAUCGAUAUGUGCAAUCAGUGAGUGGGAGAGAGGUUGCCUGUGUGCAUAAUGAUAUUGAGAUUCUUUUUGAGGAUUUUGUUUUAUUUGACUGUCGUACGGUUACGAGCAAUAAAGUUGCUGAAUACUUAAACUGUUA